AUGGACAGUGCAGUACGGUUCGGGCCCGCCCGUGUAGGUUACGGUGACAAGUUGCCGUUGGGCAAGACACCAGUUGUACAAGUACUGCAGAGACUUUCAGAAACAGACUCGUUAUUUCACACGGACGUUAUCAUGGACAACUGUUUUGUCCUCAAGGCCCUAGUGGACAGUGGGUCUAUGGCGUGCACUAUUAGCGAACAGACUGAUUUAAUGCUGCAGAGGGAUUUUCCGGAGAUUGACAGGAAGCGAGCGGACGAGUAUGUCAUCGUGGGCUGCGGAGGUCAACCGGUAAUACCUACAGCUAUGUACGACCUCUCUGUUUUGGUGUACGGUGUCAAAGUCAUUGUCCCAGUCCUAGUAGUUCCGGGCCAGUCCGACAGCAUGAUCCUGGGGAGCAACGUUUUGAAAUGGCUCAUGAUGCAGAUCGAAAAUGGUGCAAUAGACUCGAUACAGGAUCUACCGGAGCCACAACGUGUUCAGUCAAACACCCAGCGCACGAUGGAGACUCCGGUUUUGAAAACUGAGGAAGAGAUAAACAAGACACUCAUGGACAUGGGACUCCCGGAAGUUGACAUCACGUCUUGUGAGGUGUCAUUGGAGUGGAAGAACAAGCUACUCAAUCUGAUCGAGCGAUACGACUCCACGUUCUCAAGGCACAAGAUGGAUUGUGGAGAAGCGAAAGACUUUGUACACAGAAUCCGGUUGAUGGAUGACAAGCCGUUCAGACUUCCGUACAGGCGUGUCCCUCCUUGCCAUUACGAAAAAUUGAGGACAGCUUUGAACGAGAUGGAGGAAGUCGGGAUCAUCAAGAAGUCACAGAGCGAGUAUGCGUCUCCUCUCGUCCUCGUCGUGAAACCCAAUGGUGAUUUACGCAUCUGUAAUGACUUUCGGUGGCUUAAUGCAAGAACUAUUAAAGAUGCACACCCCUUGCCCCACCAGACUGAUGCGCUCGCUGCGCUUGGAGGCAAUGUGUUCUUCUCCACCAUGGAUCUCACCUCGGGGUUUUACAACGUCCCGCUACACGAGGACGACAAGCGGUUCACCGCCUUCUCUUCCCCGUUCGGGCUGCACGAGUACAACAGAAUGCCUCAAGGACUGACCAACAGCCCCGCAACGUUCAUGCGCAUGAUGAUGUCGAUCUUCGGUGACAAAAACUUUACCAGUUUAUUGUGUUAUCUCGACGAUUUGAUGGUGUUUGCGCCGUCCGAACAGAUUGCGCUAGAGCGGUUGGAGAUGGUAUUUUCGCGGUUAGCUGCUAAUAACCUUAAGCUUUCCCCCAAGAAAUGUCAUUUCCUCCGGCGUUCUGUAAAGUUUUUGGGACACAUCGUCUGCGAGGAGGGCAUGAAAACCGAUCCCAGUAAAGUCCAGGCCAUCGGCGAUAUUAGGGAGGCGGACCUCAUGGAGGCAGACGGUCCGUGCCAGAGCGCUUCUAUCCGUGUAGAAUCUAGUGGCGCGCUUUCUCAACUGUCACUGAGUGGUGGUGACCACGCCCUCCCAGAGGACCAUUCAGAACUAGCUCCUGCGGAUGCGAUGACGUAUGACGCUGCAGCUGACACGCAGCUGUUGCCUGUGCGUACUAGAGCGGGCCGAUUGAUUAACCCCCCUGCUCGUUUGAUCUGCGAGAUGAAGGAGCAGAGGAGCGGCGUUGCAUCCCAUCGCGAACCAACGGGGCUGAAAAUUGCAUCACCUACGCCAGGCGUCUACUGCAAGCCGCGGGGAGAAUCCGGAGAGCUGCGCACGCCUGCAUGGGCCGGCAGAGGGCGCGGGGUGGUGUCCCUCCUCCCGUUUCCUUUGAGUGGUACUAUCGUUAAGUGGGCGGCUCGGCGUUUCCAGGAGGUGCUGGACGAGUACCAUUUAGAACAGAGCUCCAAGGGCCACUCCAGCCGCGAAUGUCCCCCGGCCGUUAACACUUGCGCCCUCCGGGCCUCAGGGAUAAGAGCCAGUCGGGGGGGGGGGGGGGGGGGGGGGGGGGGGGGGGGGGGGGGGGGGGGGGGGGGGGGGGGGGGGGGGGGGGGGGGGGGGGGGGGGGGGGGGGGGGGGGGGGGGGGGGGGGGGGGGGGGGGGGGGGGGGGGGGGGGGGGGGGGGGGGGGGGGGGGGGGGGGGGGGGGGGUCGGGGGGGGGGGGGGGGGGGGGGGGGGGGGGGGGGGGGGGGGGGGGGGGGGGGGGGGGGGGGGGGGGGGGGGGGGGGGGGGGGGGGGGGGGGGGGGGGGGGGGGGGGGGGGGGGGGGGGGGGGAGGUGGGUGGUAUAA